AUGGACGGAAUCGAAAUGAGUUUGGAUGAAAUCAUCAAAUUGCAAAGAACGCAGAAAACCAAUGCUGCUUCCAAAAAAACUCGAAAUUCAAUCGGUGUUGACGGAACGUCUAUUAAUCGCGGUGAGCAGAAGAAUACCAAAGGACAACGAAGUCGUACUCAAAAUGGCGGCGGCAAAAUUCGACAUAAGACUAUUCGGAACAGAGUUAGCAAAUCGUCAGAUGAGCGUAGUUACAUCGUUAGAGGACCGCCUGGCCGUGGUGCUGCACAGAAAAACGAGCGUCCCCUGAGGGAUACCAAUCAUGUACAGAAUGCAGCUAAACGUAAAAGAAUUCAACCAUCGAAGAAACCACAAGUCAACCUGAGCGCCUCUCCGAAACCAGAAUUGUUCACCGCGGGAUACCAAGAAGGAAGCACAAAGCUGAUGGUGUCGAAUCUCGAUCAAGGUGUGUCCGAUUCUGAUAUGAACGAACUGUUUUCUGAAUGUGGUCCGCUGAAAUACGUAACCGUACAUUACAAUCGAAACGGUACAUCCUUGGGGGUGGCGGAUGUAGUAUUCGAGCAUCGAUUCGACGCCAUCAAGGCGAGGGAACAGUACAACGGAAUCCGGCUCGAUGGUCGACCGAUGAAUAUAGAGUUCGUUUCGAUGAGGAAUGAGGAAGUUGGAGAGCCAUCACAGAGACCUCAACAGAAUCAACUGAACCGUCGUAGAAGUGAUUCUAGCAUGCGAAAUGUUCCUACGAAUAUUUAUCCGUCUUGGGUGGAACGAGCACGUGAGCAGGAAAGACUACAGGAUAAUCUCGGAACAACUGUCAACCAGAUGGAUCAUAGUGAGAAUCGAGGUCCACGAAGAUCGAAACAGAAUCGCCGCGAUAGAAAUGACAGUCGCCGAAGUAAAUAG